AUGCAUGACGGCACGAACGUCCGUCCAUGCUGCUGCGUGCCACCGAAACCGUCCGAGGCCUCAUUGGAAACCUUCCCCACGGAUCUCUUUGCGUUGCUCAGUCAAGUGGCCAUUCCGAAGCUCCGUAAUUGCGAAGUCCAUGACAUCACCAACUUGCUGUGGUCCUUUGCGAAGCUCUACAAGCUGCGCCCUGACCUGGUGCCACUCGCCUGCGCGAGGCAAGACGUCGCCGUUGAGACGCCUCUUGUGGUGAACACUGCAGUGGAUGCCCUGAGUCAGCAUGAUCUGAGUGGUCUGACAGUUCAGCUGCUGAUUUCUGCUUUGGUGUCAGUCUCCACCUUGCCGUGCCAAAGCCAUGGAGCUAUGUGGCUUUUCAGCGCCUGCAGCCAGGAAGUGGCCAAGAAAUGGGACCAGAUCCCAAAGAAGAGCAGGUCCCAUGUGGCCUUCUCUUUUCGACUGAUGCGCCUGCAAAAUUGCCUUUUGGCCAACUCAGUCGCAAAGACCGUGACGCAGAUUUGCCCCGACAUGCACGCCUCCGUGUCACGCCCACGCAAGAAUGGCAAGGGCAAGAUGAUAAAGGGAAAUGCGAUCGAAGGUGCAUUUUGA